AAUCCAUUUCUUCCCUAAAUCAAGAAUUGUAGGCUUGAAUAGCCUCCACCUUAAUAGGAAGAGGGAAAAAAACUGUAACCUAGCUUCAAAAUCCUUAAAUUUUCAAAUACCCAACAAACUUUUGUUCUUUAUCUUGGAUUGCAGAUAUUUUUCCCUGUAAUUCCUACUAUAUUUCACCUGGUUGAUUAAUUUGUUCAAAAUAUCUUAGUUCAUCAUAUGCCUGAAAUUUUUUCUGCACAUUGUAGUUAAUACAAUCCCUUGCUAUGAUUCCAAGUCAUUAUUUUUUGUUUGGGAAGAUGAAACCUUGUAGUAAAUUCCUCUCAACAUGUAGAAAUUUAACAAAUUUUUCUCGCCAACCUCAAAUUUGCCCACUUCUACCAAUUGAAAAUCUAUCAAAUUUUCAUUCUAGUUUGGAUCAUAUUCGAAUUAUUCAUAGCUGCCCAUUUCAAUUAAUUGGGUUUAGAUGCAUAUUUGAUCAUACCCAGAAAAAUUCCUACUCAAAUCAAACAAGUUUCGGGCAAUCUAGGGUUAGAUUUGGUAGAAAUGAUUUUUUGGUUGGAUGUAUUGCUUCUGGUUUAAGGAAUUGUUCUUCAAAAGUUAAUCCUGAGAUAAAUGAUAAGAACUUUGAUAAUGUUUAUCUUCAAGAAGGGGUGGAUGUUAAGCCAUUGGUGGCUGAGGAAACAGUUAUAGAAGGAAAGCAUUUAAGAGAAGAAAAAGGGGAAGCUUUUGGAAAAUUUGGCGAUGGUGAAAAGAAAAGAGAUUUAAGGGUUGAAUAUGGAGAAAGAGAAGAGUCUGAGAUUGAGAAAGAAGCAUGGAGGUUACUUAGAAACUCGGUUGUCACUUAUUGUAACAAUCCAGUAGGGACAGUGGCUGCAAAUGAUCCAAAUGAUAAGUUACCACUUAACUAUGAUCAGGUGUUUGUUCGAGAUUUCAUCCCCUCUGCGCUUGCUUUCUUGAUGAAGGGAGAAGGGGAGAUUGUUAAGAACUUUCUACUCUAUAAUUUACAGUUACAGAGCUGGGAGAAAACAGUGGAUUGUUACAGCCCUGGACAAGGAUUAAUGCCAGCUAGCUUCAAAGUUAGAACUGUGCCUCUUGACGGAGAUAAUGGGAAAUUUGAAGAGGUUUUAGAUCCCGAUUUUGGUGAAUCUGCUAUUGGUCGGGUCGCACCAGUUGAUUCUGGAUUAUGGUGGAUUAUCCUACUUAGUGCAUACGGAAAGCUCACUGGUGAUUUCACUCUGCAAGAGAGGGUGGACGUUCAGACUGGUAUUAGGUUGAUCUUAAAUUUGUGUUUAAGUGAUGGGUUUGAUAUGUUUCCUACCCUUCUGGUAACCGAUGGUUCCUGCAUGAUAGAUCGACGCAUGGGUAUCCAUGGGCAUCCCCUUGAGAUUCAAGCACUUUUUUACUCGGCUCUGCGCUGUUCCCGUGAGAUGCUUUCUGAAGAUGAAGGAAAUAAAAGUCUUAUCAGGGCCAUCAAUAACAGGCUGAGCGCACUUUCUUUUCAUAUUCGAGAGUAUUAUUGGGUUGACAUGAAAAAGAUCAAUGAAAUCUACCGAUACAAAACAGAAGAAUAUUCCAUAAAUGCUAUUAACAAGUUCAACAUCUAUCCUGAACAAAUCCCUCACUGGCUGAUGGAUUGGAUUCCUAGUGAAGGUGGUUAUAUGCUGGGUAAUCUUCAGCCAGCUCACAUGGAUUUUCGGUUCUUCACACUAGGAAACCUUUGGACUAUUGUCUCUUCCUUGGGUACUCCAAAACAGAAUCAGGCAAUUUUGAAUCUCAUUGAAGCCAAAUGGGAUGAUUUUGUUGGGCAUAUGCCACUAAAAAUUUUGUAUCCUGCCGUAGAGAAUGAGGAAUGGCGUAUAAUUACAGGCAGUGAUCCUAAGAACACCCCUUGGUCAUAUCACAAUGGUGGAUCAUGGCCUACAUUAUUAUGGCAGUUCACAUUGGCAUGUAUCAAAAUGGGUCGGACAGAUUUAGCAGAGAAAGCAGUUGAUAUGGCAGAGACGCGGCUUCCUGCAGAUCGGUGGCCUGAAUAUUAUGAUACUCGCCAGGGAAAGUUUAUUGGGAAGCAAGCGCGGCUUUACCAAACAUGGACAAUUGCUGGCUUCCUCACUUCAAGAAUGCUGCUACGGAAACCACAUAUGGCAUCCUUGCUGUACUGGGAUGAAGACUAUGAUCUUCUGGAGAUAUGUGUUUGUGCACUGACUAAAAGCGGUCGCAAAAAGUGCUCUCGUCAUGCUGCAAGGUCUCACAUUCUUAUAUAAGAUGUUUGAAGGUAGAUGCCUUUGAAAUACGACACUCUAUAGUCUAUAGUGUAUUAUCUUUAAGCUAAGAAAAUGGGGGACAUGUUUUAGUUGGUCCCUUAGCUUACAAAUUGUUACAUCACUUCUGUUGCUUCUUCAGUUGGUAUGGAAAUUGGUGCUUCUUACCAAUUUUUAGGAAGCUCUUGACCAAUUGUUUGUAUAUAUGUGUAUUUUGUAUUGUGCCUAUAUUAUUUUUUACUGAUCUCUUUGGAAUUAACUACAGAGAAAAUAGAUAGGAAAAAAUUGUUGGAUUACUAA